AUGAAGACCCUCAUUCUUUUGGCCGUUCUUGGCCUUGCUUCGGCCGCAGUCCACCAACACAAGCUCUCAUGGAGACCAUCAAAGAAGAUCCAGAUGAUCCGUAAUGGAGAAUAUGCCGCUUAUCUCGAAUACCAAAGAAACUUGAGAGCCGCUUCCCCAGAAGUCCUCGCUAACCUCCCACAAAACGUCAACGACUUCGGAGACUUCGAGUACCUCGGAAACAUCACCAUCGGAACCCCAGACCAGAGCUUCAUCGUUGUUUUGGACACCGGAUCAUCCAACCUCUGGGUUCCAGGACCAACCUGCAAGACCAACUGCAAGACCAAGAGCAAGUUCGACUCCACCGCUUCCAGCACUUUCGUAAAGAACGGAAAGUCAUGGACCAUCCAAUACGGAUCUGGAGAUGCCGCCGGAAUCCUCGGAGAGGAUACCGUCAGAUUCGGAGCCAAGGGAGAGUCUCAAUUGGCCGUCCCAUCCACCACCUUCGGUAUCGCCAGCAAGAUCUCCGCUGACUUCAAGAAUGACGCCACCGACGGAAUUCUCGGACUUGCCUUCACCUCCCUCGCCGUCGACGGAGUUGUCCCACCACUCAUCAACGCCAUCAAUCAAGGAAUUCUCGAUCAGCCACUCUUCUCCGUCUGGCUUGAGCACAGAGGAGCCCUUAACAACGUCGGAGGAGGAGUCUUCACCUACGGAGCUAUUGACACCACCAACUGUGGACCACUUGUCGCUUACCAACCACUCUCAUCUGCUACUUAUUACCAAUUCAAGGCCGCCGGAUUCAAGCUCGGAUCUUACUCUAACACCAAGGCCGUCGAUGUUAUCUCUGACACCGGAACCUCUUUCCUCGGAGGACCACAAGCUGUUGUUGCUGGUCUCGCCAAGGCCGCCGGAGCAACUUAUGAUGACUUCAAUGAGGUCUACUUCAUUGAUUGCGCCGCGACCCCAGGAACCCUUGACAUCACCAUUGGAUCCAACGUUUACUCCAUUCAACCAGUCAACUACAUCGUUGAUGCCGGAAACGGUCAAUGCCUCUUCGCUGCCUUCCCAUUCGAUUUCGGAGGUUUCGGACCAUCCUGGAUUCUUGGAGAUCCAUUCAUCCGUCAAUACUGUAACAUUUACGAUAUUGGAAACAAGAGAAUGGGAUUCGCUCCAUCUCUCCAAAAGUAA